CCAUUUGCCACGCCAGACUCGAGUUGUGGAUAACCCAAGAAGAGAUGGCUGCUGCUGCUCCCGCCAAGACGCCAACAGCCAAGGCCACUCCAGCCGACGCGCCUUCCAGCACUUGGAUUGGCUACGUGGCCAUGGUGCUGCUUGCCAUGCAGUUCGGUCUGCAGCCUAUUCUGUACAAGGAGUUCGCUGGCGAGGUCAAGAACCGCUCCGUGCUGGUCAUCGCUUGCGAGGUAUGCAAGCUGGUUCUGUCGCUACUGACGCUGCUGUCCUCCGGUGCUUUGGGUCGCGUCGUCAAGACAUGGAACCUUCACGACAGCCUCAUGGCCUCGGGUCUACCCGCCUGCACCUACGCCAUCCAGAAUGUCCUCAUCCAGAUCGCGUACCAACACCUACCAUCCAUCGUGUUCAACCUCAUCAACCAGACCAAACUGCUGUCUGCCGCACUGUUCCUCUACUUCCUCAUGGGUACGCGCUUCUCACUGCAGCAGUGCUUCGCUAUGAUGCUGCUACUGAGCGCCGCAGUGCUGCUCUCACUCGCCAAGGACGGCGGUGUCGAUGACGCAGCCGCCCCGGCCAUCUCUGUCGAGCUCGGCCUGGUGCCUGUGCUACUUGCCUCACUGCUAUCAGGUCUCGGAUCGGCGCUCACACAGCGCUCCAUGCAGCAGCACAAGCGUGACGCUGCCCUUGUGACUGUGGAGCUGUCGGUCUACGGCAGUCUAUUCCUCAUGAUGCCGGCUAUCUGGUCCACUAUCGUCAAGACGCCCGUCUCGGAGUCGCCCGCUGCCAACGUCCUGGCCAACAUCGACAAGGUCUUUGAGGGCUGCAACGUCUACACGCUCAUCCCCGUGGUGAGCAACGCUCUAGGUGGACUACUCGUCGGCACGGUAACCAAGUACGUCGGCGGUGUGCUUAAGUCAUUUGCGUUGAUCUGUGGCAUUGCCUUCACGGCCUUUGUGGAAAGCUACGUAUACGGUGCUGUACUGCCCAACGAGGUAUUCAUCGCUGCUGGCCUCGUUGCCACGAGUAUGGCCAUCUACUCUAGCUUCCCGUACGUGAAGAAGGAGACGAAGAUCAAGACCGAAUAGACCAAGGUCGCCGCUAAGCAAAGAUUUCGGAAGUGGGCUUGUGGUUAGUGCAGAGAAGAACAUGAACCCCUAUCGGUUGUAUAACAGUGCAAUUCAGUUUUUGUUUGCCUAGAGCACGUUCAGGGUGAUUGAGUCUUUUAUCUCUUCUGGGGUGUACACGUACCAGGGCUUAUCCAAACACUUCGUCCAAUGUACCCGUCGAGACGAGGAUGACCCACAUGAU